AUGUUGUUGGAAGCUGCCUUCAAAGUCGUAAUGGCCUUCAGCGGUCCUGCAGUCAUUGCUGGCGAUCUGAACACAACGCUCGACACCUUGCCUGCUUGGGAUCUCCUCCAAAACUCUGGCUGGAUCGAUGCGGCCCAGUGGUCAGCGCAGGCCCUCAGGCAUCCAUUGCAACCAACUUGCCGAGAUGCGACUAGGCACUCUUUCAUAUUGGUGAACCCUAAAGCUGCGCAGGCUUUGCGCGUUGCCGAUGUUGUUUCGGAUUUCUAUUUUGAUUCGCACCCGCUGCUUUUGGGCUGCUUUGAUUUGGAAGUGUUCAAGGCGCCUCGCUGGAAAUGUCUCUUGCCAAAAGCAUUUGAUAAGGUGCUGUUAGAUUCCAAUAUGCUGGAGAGUUCUGCAGCAAAUGUGUCCUCUCGUCUAACAGACGUAGUGUCGGAUUGCAUUCUGUCUAACAACUUGGCCAAAGGCUUUCAAUGCUGGGCGCAGGAGUGCGAGUCUGUUUUCAUGAGCUCGGCUGUGUGGUCGGAUGGCCAGCCACGUAAACUCCCUCCUGGAUACCGCGGGCGCUGCCACAAGUUCAAACCAGUCCAACAGCCUUGCUCUGUUCCUUUGUUUCCCAAGGCUCGUGAUGGCGACUUUGAUGCAGCCUUGACUCAAGGAAACAUUUUCCUGCGCAGGCUCUUGCGGCAGGUUCACAGGCUGCAGUCGCUCUGCCGGCUCACGAAGCGUAUCCUUGUGCAGGCUUUGCCCCCAAAUCACGGUUGCGUCCGAAGUGCUGCGCAGCUGUGGGAGGCCUGUAAGGCUGCUAAAGGAUUUCCUGGGUCCUUUUGUCAGUGGCUUUUGUUCGAUAAAGGCGUUUUCAUGCCAAUGGCUUGCCCCCCCUUACCCUUGUGUGAGGAAAUUUACACUGUGGUGAGGGACUUUUUUGAAUCACAGCAACGACAGUACAUUCUUACAAAGGCCGCAGAAACGCGUGAGGAACUCAUUCUGGAUUGGAAGCGCGGCGCGGGUGGCAAGGCUUUCGCGCAGCUGCGAUCCUUCGAUCAACCCCCAUUAUCUCACGUAGUGCAAGAAAUACCUUUGUCUUGCCGCAGGGUCCGGUGGCCCAAGAGUGGCCGAACCAAAAUACCUCUACAGUCACUUCCGGACAUCCGUGUCGGAGACGUUCUGGAGUAUCAUGGGCAGGAGUUCCUGGUCCAACGUGUCCAUGCUGGGGCAGUGUCGGUCUUCCCCCGGCUUUCACCUCGCGAGUGGCCUCCUCGCAUUCUUCUUAAGAAAACGCUGGUUGACCCCGCUGAAGCUGAUGUUGAAAUCAGACACACCUGGGGGCAGUGGUUUCACAGAGAUGCUUCAACCUCCUUAGAUGACUGGGACGACGCCAUCUCCUUCAUUGAGGGAACGCUCCGGCCCUUUGAGCCCAUGCCAUACACUCAUUUUGAUGUAAGAAAAUGGACUCAUCUGUUGAAAGGUGUCUCGACAAAGUCUGCACGUGGUUCAUGCGGUUUCACUGUUAAGGAACUUAAGUUGAUUCCAGCAUCCAUGUUGCCAGCGCUUUUUGAGCUUUUUCAUGCAUUAGAGGAAGGGGCGUCGUGGCCUGAGUCCCUCGUUUUUGCUAUGGUAAUUUGUCUGCCCAAGAUUGAAGGUUCGUGCACUGCGCUACAAAUCCGACCGAUAACCAUCUUGAGCCGACUGUAUCGCUGCUGGGCACGAUACAGAUCAACCGAAAUUGCUGAGUGGAUGUCAUCUAAAUUGCCGCCCACGCUUGCCGGGGGAGUCAAGGGCAUGUCCGUCACGGACAUUAAUGCCAUGAUGGCCCUUUACUUGGAGACUAGUUUUAGCCAAGGUUUGUCUCGGUUAGGCGGUGUGUUUGACAUCAUCAAGUGUUUUAACGCCCUGCCUCGCGCUCCACUGCUUUGGCUGAUGCUCUAUCUCGGGAUCAACCCGUGUUACGUUGAAGCGUACGAGAACAUGCUUUCGUCCUUUACAAGGACCUUCCUGUUGCAAGGGGUUGCAGGCGUUGCCGAAUGCAGUGAGACUGGGUUCCCCGAGGGGUGUAGCCUGUCGGUCAUUGUCAUGACGUGCGUGGCAUACUUGGCGCACGAAGUGCUGAGCACAGAUGGCACAUGCCCCUUUGUUUUUGCUGAUAACUGGUCGUUUGCUUCCAAAACAUUUGAUGACUGCAAAGCCGCUUUUGACAUUCUGUGUCGCUUGUGCGAUGCUUUUAAACUCCGGUUGGCCCCUGAAAAGUCCUGGGUCUGGGCCACCACGCCAGAUCUCCGUAAGCGCUUGCAGAAUGUGUCCUAUGGUGGUGUUCGCAUCCCGCUGAUGUGCACCUUUGGACAGGCCUUGGUUCAAGUUUCCAAGUCGGAGUUCAAAUCUUGGCGCGCUGCCGCUGCAAAGGCGCUGGGCUUCAACAGGCCAGGCCUUUUUGAAAAAUUGCACCAACUGCCGGAAACUGUGUGGCGAUUCGGUUUGGUUCCCUUAGUUGCAGACACAUGGCCUCUCUUGGUGCGAUUGCGUGCCGCGCCUUUGUGUUUCCAGCAUCCUACUGCUUGCAACGCGCUGCACAUUUUUGUUGAUGGGUCUUGCUACUGGCCUAAUCGCAAGCUGUCCUCUGUUGCAGCGUCUGCUGCGGUCAUCGCAAACAUGAGUUGCAAGGGUGAGGGCGUUGUCCAUUCCAGUGUUUUGCCUGGGUGUGAACAAACCAACGAUCGCGCAGAGGUAUAUGCCAUCGUGCUUGCGCUCCAACUUUCGAAGCAAUGCACCAUCUAUUCUGAUUGCAAGUAUGCUGUUGAUGCAGCCCAAGAGCGCAUUGACCACUUGCAUAAAGGUUCCCGCCCGCCUCUCAUGAAGCACAUGGAUUUGUGGGAGGUUUUUGACUUGCUAGUGGCUGAUAGGGAGGAGGGUGCGGUGGUCUUCGUUAAGGUCAAAGCACACUUGGAUCUUACAUCCGCCCUCCCGCCCUUCCUUGAUAUGUGUCGUCAUUAUAACAACUUGGCAGAUUCUGCGGCGAAACACGCAGUGCGUAACGCGGAACUUUUCUCGUUCAGCCAGCUGCUUGUGAUGAACGCCAAGCAAGAAGAGAUGAUUAAUGUGGUAAAGCAAUACCAUGCCUUUUUGAUUCAGUGUGCUCGCUUUGAGUUUGCCAAAUCAGCAGAUGCUCGUGCGACGCCGCGGUUUGAGAUCUCGGUGUUGGAUGUUUCCAGCGCUUGUUUCUCACACCAGGCGCUUGUUGAAGAUGACGCGUUGAGGCAUUGCCCGUACUCCCAAGCGUUUGCCCGUGCACUCCUGGCCUGGGCUAAUGAGCUCCAGUGGGCCUGCAAUCAUACACAUGCUGACACAUCCAUGACUGAACUCCUUGUCAACUUCAUCUUCAGCACGGGGUUGCGACCGCCCGUCAACAUUAACAAAUUUCGUGCCAAGAAAAG